CACUCGAACUACUUUCUUCUUGUAAACCUUCACUCUGACUACUUUCUCCUUGUAAACCAUCACUCGAACUACUUUCUUCUUGUAAACCUUCACUCUGACUACUUUCUUCUUGUAAACCAUCACUCGAACUACUUUCUCCUUGUAAACCUUCACUCGAACUACUUUCUUCUUGUAAACCUUCACUCGAACUACUUUCUUCUUGUAAACCUUCACUCUGACUACUUUCUCCUUGUAAACCAUCACUCGAACUACUUUCUCCUUGUAAACCAUCACUCGAACUACUUUCUCCUUGUAAACCAUCACUCGAACUACUUUCUUCUUGUAAACCUUCACUCUGACUACUUUCUUCUAGUAAACCUUCACUCGAACUACUUUCUUCUAGUAAACCUUCACUCGAACUACUUUCUUCUUGUAAACCUUCACUCUGACUACUUUCUCCUUGUAAACCAUCACUCGAACUACUUUCUUCUUGUAAACCUUCACUCUGACUACUUUCUUCUUGUAACCAUCACUCGAACUACUUUCUCCUUGUAA